UUGCUGCAAGUUUUUCCUGAAGAAUCAUGGUAGCAAUUCCAGGAUUUAUAACCUCAUUUCUCGGAUUUUUUUCGUAUAUUUUUGGCAUAUUGCGUCGCAGGAAACAACUGUCAGCAAGCGAGCAAUACCUGGGCGAUGUUGGCGCGAUUAUGGACGAUGAUUAUUACAAACGAGACGUUGUGAUCGCAGGGAAAAAGAUCAACUUAUCACAAGGAUUUCACGAACGCAUGAGCGCAACUAGAGAUAUCGGGCAUAUUGCGUGGCUUGGUGGACCAGCCGUGGCUAAAAUGGCAUCGAGUCAUUUGAUGGAGUUUAGUCGCAUUCUCCAGGAUGAAGACACGCCUGUUGAACUGAAAAAACAAACUUUAUACGCAAUCAUUGAAAUAUGCGUUUGCAUGUACGAGAAUCAGAAUAAAGCGCGUUUGAAUGGAUUAUUGGACACAUUGUAUGGCCUCUUGGAUUCUCGAGUAAACAUCUUGCGCCGAGGUGCAACUGGGUGCCUCGUGGCGCUUAUUAAUGAGAAUUAUGAAAAUCAUAGGACCGUUGCUGAUAUGCCGAAUAUGAAAGAAAAACUGCUUAAGAUUUUACAGGACGACUGGCGCGCAUGGAGACGGAAUGAGUCUGCGCGUUUAAUUCUUAUGUUGGGUCUGAAUCGAGUUGACGAUCAGGGUGAACUUUAUGGCUCCACCAGCGGGAAAAAGUGAGGCGCGCGCACAUGCGCAAGAGACAAAAUGCGCGAGUUAUGUAAAUUGGAUUUUAUUGUGAUAUCAAAUAUAUAUUGAGUAACA